AAUAUUUCAUUCUUUCUUUCGAUUCAUUUGUGAGCUUAACUGUCAACAUCUAGCGUACAGUGAAAAAUGAGGGGUUUCCUAUGGAUACUUUUACUCGCUUUAAGUGGACUUAUAAGCCCAGCGCAAAGUGGAACGUUCACGUUAGAAUUAGAGCAAUAUGCUUUGUCCGAACUGCGGAUGCCUCGGUCCGCGGCGAGCGGAAACUUUACUGUUUUGCUGAAACAAGGACAAAAGGUACAGAUGGAAAUCUGUGUACAUGAGGUGACACAUAUGAGCAUACGUAACGUCGUUUACUCAAAUGACGGCAACGUCGACUCCGUGGGGGUGUCGAUCGACGGUCAACACGCUGGCUCGUUUGUGACCACGUAUUUAUCCGAGAAUGGGAAUGCUUGGAAUAAAUUCAAAUCUACCGGGCCUCUGUCAGCAAAAGUGAAAUUGGACAUUGGUAGGCAUACGAUCACAUUUGAAGCAAUGCUGACCGACCCGUGGGGUGUGGAAAUUGACAAUGUUAUCCUGCUUUUUGACGAUGAUCGGUUACAAUACUCGGACCUCGUGUGUAAUCUGUAUUGCUUUGAUAUUAAAUACGACGACGUCCCAAGAAUGGACUCUAUACCAAGCGGGCGGUUUGUCCAGAAGUCGGUUUCAACUCAAUGUAGCGAGCAGGAUAAUAUCAAAAUUGAGGUGUACCACGAAACGGCCCAAGAUUUUGACAUCACAGCGACUUUGCCCAAGUACCAAAGCUUUGCCAACAACAGAGAACCCGAUUAUAGUCAAUGUGUUCUGCCAAGCCCAUAUUGGGUUUUCAAAGAUAAGGUCAUAUCACCAUCAACGGCGGAGACAACAUAUGUUAACUCGUCAUUGAAGUUUUCUGGGACUCAUUCUAGCGUCGAUGUGAACGUCGAUUUUAGUUUCAAAAAGAUAACACCCUCAAGGGAAGUUGACGAACGGUUAAUGAGUACAAAUCUGUUUAUAAAGCUUAGAAAUCUUCCAAGAGAAAACGUAAAAAUAAAACCCGAGUAUAUGCAGGGCGGACGUUGGCUAGCGUUAGUUGAACUAAUGUUCACGCCAUUUAGCGCUGAGCAAACGUGGCUGAUUCCCGCCCAUACAUGGUCCCCAACUAGCGUUAACAAAAUCCGUCUGGUCGUACAGCCCGGUCAACAGCAAGUGGUCUUUGAUACAAUCAGGCUAGAUGCAAGGAGACCGAGAGACGAGACGAUAGAACUGUACGCUAGCGCGAACGUCGUGUACCAAGGUGUCCGUCUGGGCUUCUGGCAACACUGGAAGGAACAUCCGGCCUCCAUGACAGUAAGCGUCCAGAAUGGAAGUCAACCGGUGGAGUACUCAAGGGUGGACAGCAUUCGUGUGUACGCCAAGGUUCCGUGGACAGGCGGUUACGCGCAGGUGCUAGUUUUGUUCCAAGAUGGUCGCACGCGGAUACAGACAGUCACCCCUCAUGGGCUUGAUAAUAUCCCAUUCGGGGCGUCUGUUAACAUUGGUCAGCCCCAAAAUACGAGUGAACAUCGCCCAUACUCUCCUAUCUCGCAUGUGUCAAUCGACCCGAAAUCGAACCGCUUGGUUUUGAGAUAUUACAACGGCAACCAGGCUACGUUGGAGUUCGAAACCUCAUUUAUUGGAACUAGACUAAAAGUAAGGGACAUCAACUUUAAGAGUUCAAGAGUUACCCACCCAAUAAUGACUUUCCGUUCCAUGUGGGUAAGUGAUGGACAUUCGGAUACUGAUCACGUGACAUUCAAUGGCGACAUUUCCCGCCAUAUAAGUUCAAACUGGACGGAGCUUUAUGGGAUUUCAGCGGUGUUCUUUCGGAAAUGUAUUUCGAUGCAUAAUACCCAGGGCCCGGAUAUAACGAUCACGUUCUUAUCAAAGGCGGACUUAUAAUCAAAGCACUGAGAGUACUGAAAGGGACAAUGACUUAAUCAAGUCGAUGGUUUGUUGUCUAACGCGAAAAAAGUAUUAAUUUGAAACUUAAAACAUGAAAACCCUUCUUUCAAAUGACAACAUUAGCAAUUCAAAUUAGCGAUAUGUAAAUGUAUGACAUUGAGCCAACCGGGUCAAUAUUCUUUCCUUUGUUGGUGAAUUAUGGUUGGUCUCGAAAGUGUUGUAGACGCUGAUAUUUCAACGUUAAAACAACUUUUAAGAAUUAAUUAAACUUUAGUGUUAGGCUUACAUGAAGUAUGAAUACUUGAAGACUUAUAGUCUCUGACAAAUGGAGUAGAGCUAGCCCCAAUUUUUCGAAACUUCUUAAGUCCCUUAUAACAGGAUUAAGCUUAUCUCUUAUUUUUGUUGUUCUAUAAAAUGUGUUAUAUUUACUUCUUUAAGAAUAUCUAAAAUUAUGUAGGAAUAAUCUGCAUGCUUAUCAGAAUAAACCAUUUUUCAUUUAUCGAAAUCCAAUUUCAGUAAGUAUUUUGGCUCAUUGAAAUAAGCGACUUAUGCCUUUUACAGAACUUUUGAGAAAUAUGGGGCCUGGGUUAUGAACAGUUUUUACUAAUUCAAAUUCCAAUCUUCAAGUCCCAAUUUCGUUGUAUGAUGUAUAUAUUUAUAAAAACUGUCGAUAGAAUGUUAAAUCAGGCUUUUUUUAAAUAAAUUGGUACACGGAUCCGCCGCCCAAUUAUUACGAAAACUCAAAACAAAACAAAAUUGAAAAAAAAAAUAAAAAAAUAAAAAUGGGGGGGGGGUAUUUUUUUUUUAAUAUUGAAAAAAGUAAAUCAGUUGGGUUUUUUGCGCACAUGAAAUGAUGUUAAACCUGUUGCCUGUUCCUUUGCAACAUAAGGAUGCAGUUUUUGUUUUUGUUUUCAAAAUGGCGGCCUCAAUUGAGCUGAGAUCAUACAAAAAAAAAUUCUCAUUUUCAACAUAGCAUCUGCAUUUAAACAUUUUUUGUGGAAUAACUGACAUCAAGGCUGAUGUCUGUAUCAACUGUAACAAAUCACAUAUAAACCAUAUUAAUUGCUACAAUAUAUCGUCCUGUGUUUGUCCCAGGGGGCAUAAAUUGUUAAACAAACUAUAUGGUGACUACUAUUUAAGUAAUCAAAAUCUUGGGUAACUUAAAUUUUGUUAAAACUGCAGAGAAAUAUCUUAACUUCAAAGAAUUCAUUUCUGAAUAUAAAGUCAUUUUUAUUAUUUACAUUUCCUUCUUCCAUUUAAUAAAUAAUUGAGUCAGUGAAAUGUGUUACAUUGUGCUUUUUCUGUUGAGAAGAAGUAGUGCCCAGCAAUGAGAAGACACAGGCAUAUUCAUUGUAAGGUUAAUAUGUGGAAAUAGUGUUGCAAAUAGGAAAACUCUUGCAGUCAGGAUGUGCUUCAAAAAAACAUCAACAAAAAGUGACAGUAAAACUGAAAGUUUGUAAUAAUAUUGACUUAAAAUGUGAUACCAUUAUACGGUGGAAGUGUAUAAAAUGUUUAUAUAAUGAUUACAUUAAUUUGAAUUUGAUAUUAGUAGGAGAGAAAAUUGGACUGUAAAGCCAAACAUAUGUUUAUGACAAAGUGAGCAUUUGAACAUAUCACUAGUCAUUAUAAUAUUGAGGCAUUGAAGACAAUGUGUUGCAUAGAAAUCAAAACAUACUUAAACAUUUCAAAUGUCAUUCAUAUGUAUCUAUGAUAAUGUCUUUCCUGUUUGUUGUUAUUUUGAUCUUUUGGUUUUGGGUUUCGCCACAAAAGCUAUGAAAAAUACAUGUACAUGUAGUAUAAAAAAAUAGUAUGAGUAUGAAA